AUGGGAUAAAAUUAAGUAAAAAAGUAAAAAAAGUAUGGAGAAUUUGAUGUGAAAUUAGAUUAACUAUAGCUAGGUUUUGAGUAAGAAAGAAAAAAUAAUUUUGCCAUGGAGAGAUCAACUCAUCCUCAAUAACCUCUUAGUAAAUCUGAAUAGCCUAGACCUUUAGCAGCUUCUCGUUUUUAAAUGACAGAGAGUAAGAAUCAAAAAAGAUCAAUUUCAUCAGAGAAAGCUUAUAUGGCAUUAAAAUUUUAGCAAGAUAAAAAGAAAUAGAGAAACGAUGACCCAAUAUUAAAGAAGAUGAAAGAAAUAAAUAAGUGUCAAAAUGUAGCUGACUUUUUUUUGAAUGGAAUCUAACUUCAAAAUGUUAACUGCUCAUUAAUAAAUACUAUUCAAAUGAAUUAUAAUAUUAUUGCAUGUUAAUAAAGAUAAGAAGAUGCUACGUGUACAACUAAAAAAGCUGAAACAAGUUAAUUUGUAGUUUAUUUAUAAAAUAAAGUACUUACAGAAGUAGAUAGGGUAGAAAAAAUAGAUUUUGAGGAAUUGAAGCACAUAAGCGUAAACUAUCAAGCUGUCGAUUAAGAGAAUUUAAACGACUCAUAUCAAUUUGAUAUUUACUCAUAAGAGAAGAGUAAAUUUCAAGCAGUGACUAAGAUAGAGAGAAACAAACAGAAAAAGCAAUCAGAAAUUAGUUAAAUAAUUUCUAGCAAGAAAAAUGAUAACAGUGUAUACAUGCAACCAUACGAUUAAACUUCUAUUUAAAAAAGCAAAUAUUAAUCUAACCUGUAAUAGAAUAGAAAAUAAUCAACUUUUAAUGAAUUUGAAGAGGUUUAUUUAGAAUUGUUAUCAGAUAAGUAUUAAAAUGACAAAAAUUAUGAUAACUAAGAUGCAAUUUCUACAAAUUCCAAUAAAAUAAAAUUGUCUUAAAUGGUAAAAAAUAAUAACAAUAUUCACUCUGAUCAAGUUUCUUCGAACAGCAGUCUUAUUAGAGAAAAGAAAAAUCCUCAAAAUUAUAACUUUAAAAGUGAAUUAGGGUAACAAUUUAAACAGCCCAUCAACAUUUAUGAAAUGCCUGUUUAUGAAUAAUAAGGAGAUUUAGAUUAGGAGAUCGUUAAAAAAUCUCCUCCUUCUAAUAUUAAAAGUAAAAUUACAUUUAACCCUCUAGUAAAAUAAGAAUCUACUCCUUUGAAUGCAUAUCCAGAUGAAUACACUAAGUAUCCUAAAGAAUAGACAAAUUCUAAUCUUUUUAAUAAUCAGAAUAAUCCAUAAAAUAAAAACUAUAACAUCAGUUAAUAUAACGGACUUAUAAAUAACUCUGAUAAAAUAAUAAAAGAUGAGUCAGUUCAUAGAGUAGUAAAUUAGUUAUAGUUUAAUUCUUAAAAUCCUGGUUAAUUUAAUUAAUCUCCUCUUUCUACAUACGAAAAUAAGCAAUCAAAAUAAGUUUAGGAUAAUGCAAAUAAUUAUAGCAAUCUCUAAAAAAAUAAUUAGAACUUAAACCAAUAUAAAGGACUUGCUGAUAACUCAGAUAAAAUUAAUAAAGAUGAUUCAGAAUUUAGAAUACCGCAUUAAUUUUAGAAUGGUUCAUAACUCACUGAAUAGAAUUUUUCUGAUCCUUCAAAUAUGUAAAACAACCCAUAAAAUAAAAACUAUAAUAUUAGCUAAUACAAAGGACUUGUGAAUAACUCAGAAAAGAUUAUAAAUGAUGGGUCAAUUCCAAGAAUAGUAAAUUAGUUAUAGUUUAAUUCUUAGUAACCUGAACAAUUUAAUUAAUCAGCUAUUAAUCCUCCUCAAAGCUAACAUUAAUAACUAAUCUAAGGAACUGAUAGCUUUAAUUAUAAUAAUCCUUAAAAUAAUAAAAAUUACAAUAUAAGUUAAUAUAAUGGACUUAUCAAUAAUUCAGAAAAAAUUAUUAAAGAUGGCUCAGUACACAGAAUAGUGCACCAAUUAUAGAAUGGUUCUUCUUAGCUUCAAUCAAAUACAGCUAAUUUUAACAAUAUUGCUAAUAGUUAAAUAAUAGAUAACUAAUAAGUAAGCGGCUUAAAUAGUUAAAUUAAAACUAAUCCUUAGAAUUAGAAUUAUAACAUAAGCUAAUAUAAUGGCUUAAUAAAUAACUCUGAUAAUAUAAUAAAAGAUAACUCAGUCAAUAGGAUAGUAAACCAUCUCCAAAAUGGAUUGUAAAAUGAUAGCCAGAACUAAUUUAACCCAAAUAAUAAUAACUUUGAUGUAUAGGCAAGUCUCCGCCCUGCAUCAAACAAUCUAACUUCAAAUCCAAAUAUUUCAAAUGGAUAAUCUUAAUUUUAAAUAAGAAGCAAUUAAGGUCCAAAUAGUUUUAUUAAGAAAUAAGAAAGUGGUGACAUUUAGGAUUUUUAGGCAAACUUAAACUAAAAGGUACCUGAAAAUAUUGUAAGCGCAAAUAACUUGACAUAGGAGAGGAAAAAUCCAGUCACUUAUAUGAAUAUUAGGGAUAACAACUUAGAGAGCUAAGCAAGCAUAUCUAAUAAAGGAUAGCAUAUUAACUCUCAAGUAAAUGGUAUGGAAUCUUUAUAAAUUUAAUCAUUUUAACCGAUUUAAAAUACAACAAAUUUAAAAUAAAUUAGAGAUUUAAAAUAAAGUAACCAAAGUAAUUAAGAUAUUGAUAAUUUAAUAUCAAUUAAUUAGUAAUAAAAGCAGCAGUAGGCUGAAUUUUAAAGUAACUAAAAUUCUAACUAAUCAUCUAACUUUAUUAAUGACCAAAGAAAGAUUCCUAUAAAAAAUGUUUAAUAAAUAACUUAAACACAGCCUUUAGCAUAAAAUUUAGACUUUGAGACUGAAUCUAUUCCAAAAAAAAUUACUAAAUCUCAAAACAAUCCAGUUGGAGCUGAUAAAAUGUUAUAAAAUAAUCAUAGAGAUAACAAAAAGGUAUUAAAUCCUAAUUUGGAUUUCGAAGAACCCUUACUAAAUUAAAAUAAAAAAAAUAAAGCUGAAGUUGAUUUGCUUAAGAGUAGUUAAGCAUCGGAGAAUUUCAGUUCAAAUUUUAUUAAUGAGAAAGGAGCUUAGUAGAAGAUUUUAAUUGAAGAUAGUAGAAAAAAUGAAACUCACAGCAACUAAUAAUAACUCGAAGUAAACAAUCAAAUACCAUAGCCUAUCUAAAAAAAUGUUUAAUAGAAUUUACCAUAAAUAAAUAUAAAUUAUUAUUAAGGCGAUUCUCAUAAAAGUUCCACUCAUAGUGACAGGAAUCAAAUAAAUGGCAAUAAUUUUAGCACUAACAAAGCAAAUAACAAUUUUAAUAAUAAUUCUAAUACAUAAACUCAAUAUAUAACACCAUAGAAAACACAAUACUCCUCAACUUAUAUUGACUCCACAAAUAUUAUCAAAAAUAUGAAAGAACCCUAUGCUCAAAACAUCGAUAGUUAGGAUACAAAAUAAAAUAAAAACUAAAUACCUAUGAAUGGAAAUUAACAUCAUCUAAGCUAUACAUAACAGCCAACCUAAUUUUAAAGCAAUUUUGCAAAAUAAGAACCUGUUUAAAGAUCAAGAGCUAGCUCAACACAAAAUUUAGAUUAAUAGCAAAAUAUUUUUUCUUCAAAUAUUAGAUUAAAAGAUUAGGUAGACCCAAAUUAUAAUUCUUAAGCCAUUAAUUAACGAUCAAGGGUUAAUUCAAAUCAUACUUAAGAUUCUUAAUUUUAAUAUCACAAUAAUUUUAAUCAGCUUGCAUCUAAUGGAGGACCUUAGUCAAAUACUUAUCAAACUAAUCCUAAUGCUUACAGUGUAAAUAAUAAGUAAGACUCUUUUAACAAAUUUGAUAAUAAAAAUUUAAAUUCAGCUCCAAACCUGAUUAAGGGUUAAAAUAAUUAAGCUUUGAUAAACAACUAAAACCAAAUUAAUAGUAAUUAGUAGUUUAAUCCUAUUAGUAACCAAACUCAAAAAAUUAACUAAAAUGAAGAUUAUACUAUUAAUAACUAAAAUGGAAUAAGAGAUCCUGGGUAGUUUAACCAUCCUAAUAUUAAUAAUGCUAAAACAGAUUAAUAAAAAGAUUAGGGUUAAAGAAAGAUAAUUUAAUUAGGAGGAAAAACUUACAAUUAACCUUCAAACCAGAAUUCUCAAUAAAAAAAUUAUUAAAUGAUGGAGUCACCAUAUAGAUCUAGUGAUGAGAAAAGCAACCACUAAAGCAAAAGUUCAAUAUCAAAAACAUAGAUUAAUUAAAAUAAAUACUUUGCUCCUAAUUUGGAAAAGACUUCCCCAAGUAGAGUAAAAUAUGCUUAGACAAAUACACCUAUAUAAAAUGUAAUUUACUAUCUCUCUGAAGAUUAAUAAUAACCAAAUAAUAUAAAGUAAAACUAAUUUGAUGCCAAUGAUAAAAACAGCAUUUAAAACUUAAUUUAAAAUAGAAAUAAAUUAAGGGGUUAAUAAAAUGACUCAAGAUACAAUUCUCGUAGUAUAAAUUAAUAAUCUCCUGAAUUUUCUAAGACAUAAUCUCCGAAUAUUAGAAUAAAUAGACAACAAGAAAAUAUCAAGAAAUUUUAUGAAAGCAAGUAAGAGUAGCUAGAAAGGCUUUCAAACACAAAAUAAAGUGAAAGUUCUAGUAUCAUAAGGAACGAAAAUUUAUCUAACUCAUCUGGGAAUUUAAAUAAAUACAUUCUUCCUAAAACGACUAGUUAAAAUAAUUAAAAGAUUUAAGGUAAUAUUGGAAUUAAUUUAAGUAAAUUAAAUAAAACUUAAAUCCCUCAAAACAAUAACGAUCAAUCUUCUUUACAAAGCCAAUUCCAAAAAAGGAUGAACAACUCUUAGAUUUCUCCUUCUAAACUUACAUAGAUUAUUGUAAAAGAAAAGCAGUCAAAUUUCGAUGAUUCUUUUGCUAAUAAAGACUAUUCUGAAUUUAAUCCCACCAAAGUUUAAGGUUCACAAAAUUAAAUCUCCUCAUAUUCACAUAUAAAAAGCAUGAUAUAGGAAACAUAAUCUAAUUUGAGAAUAAAUCAACAAAUAGAAACCAUGUCACAAAAAUCAAAAUUAAAUUCAAAAGGAAGAAUUUUUAGCGAAGAAAAAUUAUAUUCACCUAUGAAUAGCAAGCUUUCUCAAACUGCAAGAGAAUACAACAGAUUUAAUAAUUGA